AAAAUGGUUGAAACAAAUGGCAUAGUGUAGAACGUUAGUACUUUCUAAAAGGUAUAUUAAAUAAUUCGUGGUGUUGUGUUUGCCGAUAAGACAUAGCUGGCUUGGAAAUUUGUAUGAGUUUAGAGUUAAGGGUGUCGUCAUUGUGAAGAAAUGGAGAGGCUGAUCGAGUCACAUAUGUGCCCACUGUCAUCAGAUGAAUGUCCAGAUGACAGUGAUGAAGAUGUGAUCACAGACUACUUGUCAGAGGACCAGCCGUCCGUUGAGUCCAACUCUGGUGCACCAAUGGCAGUUAAUAAGCAUGAAGUUCCCACGAUUAGUGUCACUCCUCAUUCACCUGGUACCAAGGUCUAUCCAGUGCUGGAAGACAACUUGCAGCAUCUCCAUGAGAUACAUGAAAAUGUGCAGCAGAUGAGAGACCUGAAUACACAGGCAAUUCAUGCAAUACAUGCUCAGAUCUUGGGGCUGACACAGUAUUCCCGACUGAGUGCUUCUUGCCCAUCUCUUAAUAAUGAAGGUGCAUCUGACUUGGAUGUUGAGGCUUCACUCAAUUCAUCACCAACACAACCCACACCCUUGGGAUCUUCUGUAAACCCAUGCUUCCCAGAAACUCUACAGACAAAAGCUCCUAAAGACUGGUUGAUGUGCCGAGACGGUAGUGGAGAUGUGCCUCGGCGGCGGAGUUGGACUGCUCUGGAAGACCUCACCGGUGGCAGGGCAAAAAGAAAAUCGGAAAGACAAAGGAGUAUGAGCCUGAGUAGCUUGGACUCUGAGCCUGAUGAUCCAUUCUUGGACCGUGUAGAUGGUGCUGGAAGCACUGGUCUACUGCUGUCAGAGACAGCAUCACUUGGAGGUGGUGGCACAGGGAGUGCUGGUUCAGGAGGUCGUCGGUCAGCAAGGGGCUCAGGUGGUGCAUCUACACAUUCACUCAAUGAAGCUGACCUACAGAAUGAUUUCAAUAAGCUGGCUGCAAAGAGAGAAAUGGAUAAUUUGAGGUUACUGCCUAUUCGCCUGCCACUUCAGAAGUCUGUCUCAACUCCAUCAAUACUUGCCGUGCGGGACAUGGUGGGUGAGGCAGUUACAGACAGUACUCCUGCAAUUCCAGCUGGAACUGAGAGUGAAACGGAAGAGGAACUUAUGCCAUCAGGAAAGCAUUUAGUUACCCCACACAUCAACAUAGCUUUGGAUGAAUUCCUGACUGAUGCAGCAUAUGACCAUCGAUCUGGAAAGAGGCGGAAACGGGGCAGUAUCUUUUUUCGGAAAAAGAAGGACAAAACGAAGAAAGUUCCCCAUCAGUGGGUUUCAGCGUGUUAUGGAUCUGCACAUGCCUGUGAUUGGUGCUCCAAACCUGUCACAAACAAACCGGCACUAUACUGCGAGAAUUGCAUGACUACUGUCCACCAGAAUUCGUGUAAAGAUCAGAUUCAAGACUGUAGCAAACCAAAGAUUUCUAAGAAUUCAGGAAAGGGCACCGCAUUUCCUGCAGUUAUGUCAACAUCGAAGCUGUCAGGAAAUAAGAGGGGCUCAAGUUCCACACAGAGCCAAAAUCAUCACAGUUCUUCCAGUAGUAGUCAAAUAAUAAACGAGGAAAGAGAAGGUGACUAUGGACAGCAUGAUGGACUUGGAUAUUAUGAUGAUGUGCCACUAGUUCAGUUCGAGUUUUUGGAUGAAGGGCCUAUUACAGCAAGUGAUCUGGAGACAGACCCUUUUCUUGGUCUGCAAGAUGAUGAACCAGAUUCUUGGACACCAACUGUUGGGAAAGAGGUGGCUAAGAAACUUAAAGAGAAGGAAGUGAAACGACAAGAACAUAUUUAUGAAUUCAUCCUGACAGAAAAGCACCACUGCCUCACAUUGAGAGUAAUGCAGAAGGUGUUCGUUGAAGGCUUUCAGAAACAUUUUCAGUUAGGCAAUGACCUAGAGCGGAUGUUUCCAUGUUUGUCGGAAUUAACAGAAAUUCAUCUUAAUUUUCUUCAACGGUUACGGCAAAGGCAAAAGGAAGAACCUGUUGUUGUAACAAUCAGUGAUAUAUUACUUGAACAGUUCUCGGGAGUCUGUGCUGAGAAACUGAAAUCUGCUUAUGGUGAAUUCUGCAGUCGUCAUAGAGAUGCUGUAAAUAUAUAUAAGAAUUAUCUCCAUGACAGGAGGUUUGCAGAAUUUGUUAAACACUGUCAAGUCAAUCCAUUGCUGAAGAAGAAAGGAAUACCAGAAUGCAUACUAUUUGUUACCCAAAGACUUACCAAAUAUCCACUUCUCAUUGAACCUCUAAUAAAGACUGCCAAAGACAAUAAAGUAGAACAGGAAAAUCUUACCAAGGCACUGGCACUUGUGAAAGAAAUUCUCGUCGAAGUUGAUGCUCAGGUGGCAGAAAAAGAGAAAGAGGAUCGCAAACUUGAAAUAUAUAACAAAAUUGAAGCCAAAUCUUUCACUAUUUACCGAGGAAACAAGUUCAAGAAAUCUGACAUAUUGCUGGAAAACAGGAAGUUGAGGUUCGAAGGUGUUUCAACUUUGAUGCAAGGGAGGAGUAAAAUGCAAGUUGUCUUGGUUAUUGUAUUAUCAGAUGUUCUCUUCUUUCUGCUGGAAAACAAUAACAAAUAUUCUUUCUUUACUCCAGAUAACAAGGCUGGCGUUGUCUCCCUUCAAAAACUGCUUGUCAGAGAGAAAGCUGGGCAGGACUCAAGAGGCAUAUAUCUUAUUUCGUCCAACCCUUCAGAGCCUGAAAUGUUUGAACUGAAAGUACAUAAACCAAAGGACAAGCAAGUGUGGAUACGUGCAAUAAGGUCAGCUGUGGAGAACUGUCAAGAAGAUGAAGAUGAAGGCAUAGUUCUCAGCUUGGAAGAGAAACAGAAAUUAAUGGAAGCAAAGCAGUUGCAAAUUCGGCAAAUUGUUGGUAUGCUUCGACAGAAGGAUCUUGAACAGGCCCAAAUACUGGAAGAAAAAAUGGCUUUGCAACAGAAAUUAUUGGCAGCAGCUGGCGUUGAGAACAUACUGAAUCCACCAAAUUACACUAGUUUGAUGUCAGAAGAUACUGACAGUUCAGUGAUAUGGCAAGAAGUGAAGUCAGCAGUGCAUGAAGUUAACCAACUGGCUAACUCACUUUGUGCUUCUGGAACAAACCUUUCUCGCAGUGUAAGCUCCGUUGGUGAACAUCAGAGUGAGGCAUAUAUUUCUCCAACGUUGCCAAAGAGAGCAGAAACGUUUGGAGGAUUUGACAAUGCAAACAAAGAACAACUGCCAAUGGCAAUAACAAAAGGUGUUGUGAGGAAACUGCAACAGAGGGAGAGCAGGGACCAUUCAAACUAUUCCACUCCAGUAAUGACACCAGACUCGGAGUCCAGUCCAAGUUCAAAACAGGAAACAAUGUCUCCAAAAGUCAGUCAUGAUCAACCUCCAUGGCGUUCUGCUGUUAUGGCCACUAUUCCACCUGUUGUUUUACCUUCAAAUGUAUGUGAAAAUUCAUGUGAAGUCCCUGCAUUGUCCUCACUUGCACAAGAUCAGCAGACAGUUGCAGUUCAGCUUUCUCACUACUUCUACAAACUGCUUUCCAUUAUCCAUCACCAGAUGACUACUAUCAAUAGCUUGCAGGCUCAACUUUCAGCAUGUAAGGUGCAGCUGACACAAGAUGAUGCAAAGGACCGACGGCCAGUUUAUAAACAUAAUCAGCAGUUGGAGGAGCUACGUAAUUUACAAGACCGUCUUACACAAGAGAAAGAAGCAUGGCAACGUGAAAAAGAAGCAGAGGAGAAAGAACUUGAUGAAAAGAAGCAGGAGCUACUGAGAUUGCAGGAACAAGUACGAGCAGAAAGCGAGGAUGUACGGCAGCAGCGGGAGAAGCUGUACAGUAAAUUAGAGUAUUUAACAAGCCAGGGAAUCCUUAUUAGCCCCAAUAUGCCUGUAGUGACUGCAGUGCCUCCAGAAGAUAGUCUUUCGGGGCAGGGGAUAUUGAUACGCACCCAGCCAGAGGAUAUGAGUGUUACAGGCGUUAGUGGUGACUGUUCUCCACCUGUACCUGAUUCUCGUCGCAAAGCAGAUUCCCAUACUUCCAAGCGCAAGCCUGGCAGUAAUGCAAGCAGCUCUUGCAGCUCCAGUGCUACCACGAACAAAGCUACACUACCAUUAAACCUCAUCAGUGCCACAAAUCAGCAGAAGGUGCAGGCACAGAGUGUGCAGGUGAAGCAACAACUUCCAUAUAAACUGGCCACUAAGCUGGGUGGUAGCAGCAGUGGCACUGGCAACAGUAGUAGUAGCAGCAGUUCCAGUUCUUCCGUUGUGCAACAAAUUCUGCCUUACAAACUGAGCCAAGGGCAGUCACCGACGUCUUCCGCAACAGAAAGCACUAGUGGUAGGAGAGGUUCAGGAUAUCGCCGCUUGGGCUCUGGCAGCUUCAGUCCCCCCUCGAGAAAUGCAGCAGCAGAUGAGACUGCAGCGCCAUCACCACAUAGCCAUGUGCGCACCGGCAGUAGUCCUGCUUCUAUGCAGAGUGAGCUACCAUCUCCACCACCUGUCGAAAGUGGGAUGUCUCGGAGAUCUGCAGGAGGACUGGAUCGCACUCACAAUCACCCUGUAAACAGAGUUGGAAGCCCCGGUCCUGAGUCUGCACCACAGUCUGCGUCGAGCCGACGGUCUGCCGACGAAGAAGUUAUAUACUUCUGACAAGGAGAUACACACACGUGACAUCAUUCACGUGUCUGGGACAAGUUGAAGUCACUUCUUCGAGCUGUUGGUUGUGUUAGUGGUUGUUUACCGUUUACACUCGGUGAUGCUUGAGCUAAUGCUAAAGAGAAGCAGUCUCUGGAAAAGGUGGUGAUUUCCUUGAAGGAUCACCUAAUUUGCAAUUGACACCUGUAGAAAUAAACCAUGUAUAUUAUCUGAGGGAAAUCUGAAUGUUCCUGAGAGAUACUAGCAAGGAAAGGCCACCUUAGCAAAAGAUCGUGAUUGUUAUUUCAAGAUAUUAAGAGUUAUAGAGCUUUGGUUCUAUAUUUUUAUAGAGACUAGAUGUCAUUGUUUCACUUGCCAGUUCAUUGUCCAGAUGCACUGUAGUGUAGCCAAAAAGACAGACAGUGCAUUUGUUACCAAAGCACUCGGGUACUGUGGAAGGAUUGCCUCAUUUGCAGAUGUAUAAUGUUUAUGUCCCUUUGAAAUAAGUGGUUAGUAAUUAUGUUACAUAACAAUGCAACAUGUAAAUAAACCUUAGUAAUUUCAGAUGACGCUACUUACUUUCAAAGCCUGAUACUACUCAAAUAAGCAAGUUUCAUACAGUUGAAAUGUCUUUGCGAUUGUAUAUAUGGACAUAAUAUGUCAGCCACUACACACAAAGCAGAACAUAAGUAAGGCAUUUAAAUAUAUCUGUAAUGUAUAGUCAUUUGUUUAGUGGUUAAACAUAGCCAUCAGCUGUUCUCUGCAAUUGGAAAUCAAUUCCUCCCACGAUAUAUAAACUGUUUUCCUUCUCUUUUAAUAAUUUUUUCAUCUGUUUUUGAGUGA